AACUAACUAACUUAUGGGAUAGAAAGACAAAAGACAGCCUGGGACUACUGGCCCUACUAGGCAGACUAGUUUCUGAAAAUCACAUCGUCACUACUACCUAGCAAUUGCAUCGUUACCAGUGAAUCUGAACACGAGCACGCCAGGCAAAAUGGAAACCGACACGCAGAUAUCUAGUAGUACAAAUUACCUUCCCUGGGGUUUUGAACCUCCCCUCCAGCACUACUACUACCCACCAAUCAUCUACCCAUCACCAUUUUACCCAUCAUCGGUCAUCUCCGAUUCCUUCAUCCUCCGGCCCUCCAUGUCCAGUCGGAGCUACACCCUCAACACGAUGCCAACUCUCGACCUCCCGCCCGAGCUGAUCCUCAUGGUCGCCAACCACCUCACCAAGCGCAGCGACAUCAACGCCCUAGCCCGAGCCAACCGCCGCCUGCACAGCAUCGUGAACCCCUACCUCUACCGGCAGAACGCACGCCAGCAGAAAUCGUCCGCCCUGGUCUGGGCCGCCCGGCGCGGGGUACCAGGGACCGCGCGACACAGCAUCGCCGCCGGGGCCGACGUCAACAUCCAAGCAAAGAAGGCGCCGACCCCGCUGUGCAUCGCGGCGAUGCGGGGCCGCGCCGAGGUCGUCCGCCUUCUGCUGCAAGCCCGCGACAUCGACGCCAACCGACCCAACACCGACGGCAACAGCCCCCUGAUCCUGGCCAUUACCUACCGGCACACGAACGUGCUGCGCGUGCUGCUGGAGUCGGGCCUCGUCGACGUCAACUCCGGCCACCUCCUCACGCCGCUGCUGCACGCCGCGUUCAUGAACAACGUCAAGGCCGUGAAAUUGCUGCUGGAGCAGGACGGCAUCGACGUCAACGUGACGGAUUUCUCCGAGAAUACGGCCAUUCGCUAUGCGGCGGCGUUUGGGUUCCAUCGGGUGAUGAGGGUGCUGAUUGAGGAUGGGCGCGUGGAGGUAGAUGAGAAAUGUGGGGAGAAUGGGCAGACGCCGUUGUCGCGCGCGGCGGCGACGUUCUUCGAUGCGACGGUAAAACUGCUGCUGAGGACAAGGCGGGUGGAUGUCAAUUCCAGGGAUAAUCAGGGCCGCACCCCGUUGUCGUGGGCGGCGGAGACGGGCGCGGAGGGCGCGGUGCGCAUGUUGCUGAAGGCCCCGGGAGUGGAGGUCGAUGUGCGCGAUCACGAGGGGUGUACCCCGCUGUCUUUAGCGGCGAGGAAGGGCCACGAGGCGGUCGUGAGGCGGUUGCUGGCGACGGGAAAAGUGGAUGUCGAUUCCCUGAAUGAGAAUGGCUGGAGUCCCCUGUUCCAGGCGGUAGUCCAUGGGCAUGAGGGGGUCAAGAACUUGCUUCUGGCAGCGGGGCGGCAGGCGUGAUCUUUGUUGUAGCGGGUGCUUUGGCGUUGGGGCGAAAGGGUUGCACAUGCACAUAGCAUCGUUCAUUGCAUUCGCACUAGACUGUACGAGUCAAGAUAUGAUUCAGAAAGUACUCAAUCAUGCUGUAUCUACUGCAAUCUACUGCAAACACGAGUUUAUCUUCAAUGCUCGGAUGCUGAUAUGCCUUCAG